AUUCCCGCUAUGUUAAAAUUGGGCGACGUUUUCUCACGUGCACUCAUGCCUCCUCUCUCUCCUCUGCUUUCCUAUUGCUCAAAUUCCCCCCCCGUCCACCGCCCGCCUCCGUUCAUGAGCUAAAACCCCGAAGUAGGGUUUCCAAGAAGAAACCGGCCCAGGAGGAACGGCAAAAAUGGCGACCGACGCGGACAUGAGCGGAUGGACGGAUCUCCUCCACUCCUCCACCAAGCUCCUCGAGCAAGCCGACUCCUCCGCCCAGUUCCCCCCUCUCCAGAGGAAUCUGGACCAGCUGGAGUCGCUCUCGAAGAAGCUCAAGACCAAAACCCUACGGGCCGAAACCCCCUCCCAAUCCAUCUCCGCAGUCAGGCUAUUAGCUCGUGAAGGGAUAAAUGCCGAACAGCUUGCUCGAGAUCUCAAGUCUUUCGAACUAAAGACAACGUUUGAGGAUGUAUUUCCUUCUGAAGCAACAACUGUUGAGGAAUACUUGCAGCAGGUUCAUGAAAUGGCAAUGGUCUCAUCCAUCCAAGAAGCUCAAAAGGACAACUUGAGAAGCUUCAAUGAUUAUAUGAUGCAAGUCUUGGAGGAUGACUGGCAAAAGGAAAAGAGGGACUUUUUGCAAAGUUUAAGCCGAUUAUCCACAUUACCCAGGACCAAUACCAGUCGUCUCUCCCAUACUGGUCUGUUGUCAUCCCAUGCUUCCAGCCCUCAGGUUACUGCCAGUCCAGUUAGCAUGGAGAUUGUGCCUCUGGCUAAUAAGUCUAUAAUUGAAAAGAAAGCUUCUGUUUAUGCUGAGAUUGUGAGGAAUCUUAAUGAUGCAAGAGGUCGUGGAUUGCCAUAUAGACCUGCUACAGCAUUCAGAGGAGCUUAUGAAGGUUUAGGUCUGGACAUUUCUGGUACGAAAUCAGUUACCAUGCAGAAAAUCUGGCACUUGAUUCAGGCAUUGGUUGGUGAGGAUUCUAGUAGUCAGAGUAAUUUGUCCAGAAAAAUGUCACUGGUGAAAGGGGCAAGGCGCCACCUUGAGUGGGGUCAUGAGAAAUAUAUCUUGGAUACAAUCCAAAGCCAUCCUGCACAGGCUGCUUUAGGUGGGGCUGUUGGCAAUCUGCAAAAAGUUCGAGCAUUCCUCCGGGUCCGCCUGAGGGAUCAUGGCAUGCUAGAUUUUGAUGCAGGUGAUGCACGUAGGCAGCCCCCAAUUGAUACAACUUGGCAACAGAUAUAUUAUUGUUUAAGAUCCGGGUACUAUGAUGAAGCAAGAAAUGUUGCUCAAUCAUCUCGUGCUGCACGUCAGUUUGCUCCUCAGCUUGCAGAGUGGAUCACAAGUGGAGGUCCGGUAUCGGCAGAGACUGCCACUGCUGCUUCUGAAGAAUGUGAAAAAAUGUUAAGAAUGGGUGAUCGAGCAGGUCGACCUGGUUAUGACAGGAAGAAACUGCUACUUUAUGCUAUAAUUUCUGGUUGUCGCCGUCAAAUUGACAGAUUGAUUAGAGAUCUACCAAUGCUUUUUAAUACCAUAGAGGAUUUCUUGUGGUUUAAAUUGUCAUCAGUACGGGACUGCCCUAGUGGAACCCCUUCUGUUGUAUUAAGUGAAGGCUUGGUACCAUAUAGCUUGGAUGAUCUCCAAAGUUACUUGAAUAAAUUUGAACCAUCAUACUAUACAAAGAAUGGGAAGGACCCACUGGUUUAUCCUUAUGUGCUACUUUUGAGCAUUCAAUUACUUCCAGCAGUCCUAUACUUAUCCAAGGAAGUGGGGGAAGAGGGUUAUAACAUCGAUGCUGUACAUAUUUCAAUCAUUCUAGCAGACCAUGGAGUGCUUUCUGAAGGUGUCGGAAUGAGCCAUAAGAUAGGAGUUAUGGAUGCUUGUGCUGAAGCUGCCAGCAUAAUACGUCAGCAUGGUUCGGUCUACUUACGUCAUGGUAACCUUGAACUAGCUUUGGAAUACUAUGCACAAGCGGCUGCUGCAAUGGGUGGAGGGGAGAUGUCGUGGAUUGGACGAGGAAACACUGAUCAGCAAAGACAGAGAAGUUUGAUGUUGAGGCAACUGCUCACUGAAAUACUGUUACGGGAUGGAGGUAUUUUUCUUUUGCUUGGGCCAAGAGGUGCGGGGGAGGAAGGUGUACUUAGUAAAUACAUGAUGGAUUGGAAAAGCCGAGAACAGUUUCUACUUGAAGCUGCUCAUCAUUGUCAAGAAGCUGGGCUCUAUGACAAAUCUGUAGAAAUCCACAAGAGAGUUGGAGCUUUUGCUAUGGCAUUGGAGACGAUCAAUAAAUGUCUUUCAGAUGCAAUCUGUGCCAUGUCGCUUAGUGAAGUACUUCUUUAUCAACUGUCGGAUCUCCUGUGGGCAUUUCCGACACAUGGACACAUCAGGAUAACUACCAGUCAGAUGCAUUGUUUUACCUUGGAUUGCUUAAAUUUUUUCUCUUCUUGCAGUCUUCAUGAAAAGGAACUUAUUUCUGAACAGCAAACAGUAUUAAGGCAGCUUGAAGCUAUUUUGUUUGUCCAUAAGUUAGCCAGAGCAGGCCAACAUGUGGAUGCUUUGAGAGAGAUCACUAAACUCACUUUUCUUCCGUUAAAUCCUCGUGCACCAGAUGUUACAUUUGAUGUCUUCAGGAAUUUAUCCCCUCAUGUGCAAGCAUGUGUACCAGAUCUCCUCAAAGCUGCUCUUAGUUGUCUGGACAAUGUUAGAGAUACUGAUGGAACGCUUCGUGCAUUGAGGUCUAAGAUUGCGAACUUCGUAGCGAACAACAUGACGAGAAAUUGGCCGCAUGAUUUGUAUGAAAAGGUUGCUCGAAGCAUUUGAAAAAUAUGCUGCGAUUUGAGUUGGAAAGAAUCACAGGCUCAUUAUCGAAGAAUGUUUCACUGCAUGUGUCGCAGACCAUUUUGUAGUCUGAUGUCAUUACCGUACACUAAGAAAUAAACAAGAUUUUAUCCCAUUUUGGUCAAUUUACGGUGUUUCUGUAUUGAUGUAUGCUGAAAGUUUAUGUAAUUCUACUCUUCAUACUGUUUAUUUUUC